CCAUCGAGUAACAUGAUCUAGGUAACAUGUUAUGUCCGGUCAGUUACUACCUAUCGCCUUUAGCCCCGUUUCAGAAAUGGUAAAUCCAAACACACGACCAAGGAUCGUUUAUCUUUGUCGAACAACCUGGUAACCAGUUUUCUUCUGUUCUUUCUUCUAUGCGUGAAUCCUAAACCCUAGAUUGUGUUUUUUAAUCGUAACUACCUACACUAGAGUCUACAAAGACCUAAAAAAAUGAUAAAGUCUCAAUUGAUUCGGGAUAUUUGAACCCUAAAGAGUGUUCUCUAUUUAUGAACUAGUUACACUAACGUAUUCAACCAAUCUGUCUAUUUUGUUUUUGUUUCUGGAAAUUUGGAUGUCUGGUUUGCCGCACGUAACCAAGAUAGAUAUAAACUUCAACAUUGACCUACAACAGUCUUUUCCCUUCCUGGUUUGCUGUAGUUCAAAACAGAGCUGAUCCUUGCUCUGAAGCUUCAUCCCAGUUGGACGAUUUUAAACUGUUUCGAAAUGAAAACAAAUACUACUAGUUAUGGACUUGGCAUAGGCAUAGCUUUUCAACAUGGGAUAUGAGUAAUGAGGAAUUAACUUUAUAGAAUGUACCAAAAGAACCUCUUCUCAUUCCACAGGAGAUUUUCCCAAAUAGCAUCAUCAAUAAACACAAAUACAUCUAUUGAGUUUUUCCCGAAUACGAAGGAAGAUUUAAUAUCCAAACUCGCAUCAGUCUUGCAAUCUUGUUCAACCCCUAAUCCUGGUCCUCAAGUCGUUCAACAAGGCCAACAACUUCAUGCCCAGAUAAUCGUCAACGGAAUCAACCAUGUGGGUCUUCUGGGUUCAAGAUUACUUGGGAUGUAUAUACUUUGUGGGAAAUACAAUGAUGCUAAGACAAUUUUUCAUCAACUUGAUCUCUUCUACGCAUCGCCAUGGAAUUGGAUGAUUAGAGGGUUCACCAUGAUGGGGUGUUUCGACUAUGCAAUCUUAGUUUAUUUCAAGAUGUUAGGACACGAAACUUGUCCAGAUAAGUAUACUUUUCCAUACGUGAUAAAGGCAUGUGGUCGUUUGGGAGCAAUCCGUUUGGCUAAAUCCAUUCAUAAGACGAUUCAAAUGAUGGGUUUUGAGACGGAUGUUUACGUAGGUAGUUCCUUAAUCAAACUCUAUGCGGAAAACGGCUGCAUUAAUGACGCACAAGACCUGUUCGAUAAAUUGCCUCAGAGAGAUGAUGUAUUAUGGAACGUUAUUCUUAAUGGUUACUUGAAACACGGGGAUCCCAAACAUGUUCUCUUACUCUUUAACCAAAUGAGGAGUUCCAAUGUUCGACCAGGCUCAGUGACCUAUGCGUGUGUCCUCUCUGCAUGUGCCUCUGAUGCAAAUAUUAAACUUGGCACUCAACUUCACGGGCUUCUUACUAAGUGUGGAUUUGUUUUGGAUCCUCAAGUGCUCAACACAUUAAUUGGCGUAUACACAAAGUGCCAAAGACUGUUUGAUGCCCGAGAGUUAUUCGAUAGCAUACAAGAAGCUGGAUCGGUUACAUGGAAUGUGAUAAUCGGUGGGUAUGUACAAAAUGGACUUAUGAAUGAAGCUUUUAGUUUGUUUUGUGAAAUGAUAUCUAUAGGCAUGAAACCAGAUACUGUAACUUUGGCUAGCUUCCUUCCAUGUAUAACCGAGUCAACUGCUAUAGACCAUGGUAAAGAGAUCCAUUGUUAUAUUUUCAGACAUAAUGUACAUUUGGAUGUUUUCUUGAAGAAUACACUUAUUGAUAUGUACUUCAAAUGUAGGAAAGUCGAAAUGGCAAAAAAUGUUUUCACUUAUACUCCCGGUAUAGAUAUUGUGAUAUGCACAGCCAUGAUAUCUGGUUAUGUGCUUAAUGGGAUGAAUUUUGAUGCAUUGGAGAUGUUUAGAUGGCUGAUUAACCACAAAAUGAAACCGAAUCCUGUCACACUCUCGAGCACCUUACCAGCUUGUGCUGGUUUAGCCGCUUUAAAAUCGGGCAAGGAGUUACAUGGUCAAAUUGUAAAAAACGGGGUCGAAAGGUGUCAUGUGGGAACAGCAGUUAUAGAUAUGUAUGCGAAAUGUGGAAGGAUUGAUUUAGCACAUGAAGUUUUUGUAAGAAUGUCUGAGAAAGAUCCUGUUUGUUGGAACUCUAUGAUUACUAGUUUCUGCCAGAAUGGAGAACCAGAAAAAGCUAUUGAUCUUUUCCGUGAAAUGGGUUCCAAAUAUGAUUCGGUGACCAUAUCGGCUGUUCUUUCCGCUUGUGCAAACAUACCGUUGCUUAGUUAUGGGAAAGCAGUCCAUGGGUUCAUGACAAGAGGUGUGUUGAAAACCGAUCUUUACGCGGAGAGUGCGCUAAUCGAUAUGUAUGCUAAAUGUGGAAACUUGGAAACAGCAAGGACUGUUUUCGACAUAAUGGAAAAGAAGAGCGAAGUGUCGUGGAAUAGUAUUAUUUCUGCUUAUGGAAACCACGGUCGUCUUCAAGAAUGUGUUUCUCUUUUCCGCCAGAUGGAAGAAUCCGGAUUCCUUCCGGACCAUGUCACGUUUCUUGCGGUAAUUUCCGCAUGUGAUCAUUCCGGUUUGGUUGAUGAUGGUUUCCGUUACUUUAAGUCCAUGACGGAAGAUUACGGAAUUACCCCUGGGAAGGAGCAUUACGCGUGUAUUAUCGAUAUGUAUGGGCGGGCGGGUCGAUUGAGUGAAGCUUUUGAGGCGAUAAAGGGGAUGCCUUUUGAUCCGGAUGCGGGUGUUUGGGGGAGUUUGCUUGGUGCUUGUCGUGUCCAUGGGGAUGUUGAGUUGGCGGAAAUGGCUUCAAGACAUCUUUUUGAGAUGGAUCCUGGGAAUUCGGGGUAUUAUGUGUUGUUGGCGAAUGUGCAAGCGGAUGCUGGGAAAUGGGAAGGUGUUAAUAAGACGCGAAGUAUGAUGAAAGAUAGAGGAGUUGAGAAAGUGCCUGGUUAUAGUUGGAUCGAGGUGAAUAAUGAGACCUUUGUUUUUGGGGCUGCGGACAAAGGUAAUACUCGGUCUGAUGAGAUUUAUAUGUUGUUAAAGAAUUUCCUUUUGGUGAUUAAGGAUGAAGGGCAUGUGACAACUCUUCAGAAACACCAUAACAUGAUAGAGUUUUAUUAAAACUGAGUUGAUUAUUAUUUUAGUUUUGGCCUGGGGUACACUAGAUAUGUUUGUUUAUUAGGUUACAUACAUAUCAAACCAAAAGUUUCAAAUUGUGGAGACAAAAAGGAUAUGAUGAUUCAGUUUUGAUCAGCUUUGUAUUUGCAUUUUGUCCUUUGUUUCUCUUGUCUAACGCCCCAAGAGGAAUAUAAGUUUUAUUAUUCUUUAGUUUGUCUUUUUAGAAAUGAUUCAUUGUAAAGAAUGCUGCAAUCUAUUUAUAUAGUUUUGGCAGCCCAUAUAAAAUAUUUUUAUAACCAUGUAAUAUGAUAAAUUUACAAUUUUAUAUCAUAUUUAGCUAUGUAAAUGUAGCAAUGCGCUAUGAUAUGGUAGAAAUGACAAGUAUAUACGACCAUUUUAUUUUUCAUAAAGAUCCUUGGAAUUAUUAGCUUUUUCACAAAAAAAAAUAAAAAGUAAAAGAAAAGAAAAACUUGAUAAACUGCCAAAAGAAAAGCAUAAGCACAAAACCCUGCUAACAGCACAAAUCAUAUUCAUAUUCUAACUAGUAAAGUAGUAACUCACUCCAACUAACAAUAUACGAACACACAUCAGCAAUCUUGUAUUGAUCUUCUCUUUUGAAAAAAAAAACAUCUCAUCUCAUCUCACUUGUUCCCACGGAAAAACA